AUGUCUGACACUGCUUCAUCUCCUCCAACUACAACUCUUCAUUCCCAACAACUCGAAACCGAUCUUUCCUAUCGACUUCAAUACCUCACUCAACUCAUUGGAUUUUCCCAUGAGGACAUUGUUCUCAUUCAUCAAUCCACACCCAUCCUUGCUCCACUAAUUCCCACUGUGACUGAACUCGUCUAUGAUCAAUUGUUUUCCUUUUCCGUUACGAAACAUGUCUUUGCGGAAUAUGCACUGAAAAAACCAUUCACUCUCUUGGAAGGAAAAGGAUUGGAUCAUAGGAAGGGAGAACAAUUGAAGUUUAGAAAGGACAUGUUAGGAAGAUAUUUGGUCAAGUUGGUGACUUGUGAUUAUGAAAAUAUUAAUUUCUUAAAGUAUUUGGAUUAUGUUGGAAAAUUACACACUUCAAAAGCAGGAAAUCAAAACAUUGUGAUCGACUACAUUCAUUGCAACGCCUUAUUUGGAUUUGUUUCAGAUAUUAUUACCAAUGCCAUCAUGGAAGCUCCUAAACUUACCUUUUCCACCAAGUGCAAAACCGUUCGAGCUUUCAACAAGUUACUUUGGAUUCAAAAUGAUUUAUUUUCAAGACAUUAUCAACAACAAGAUUUUUCCAUCGUGAAUGGCUUGGAAAAGAAUGAUACAGUGUCCAAGAGUUUGGAACCAUCCGUUUCAUCAAUGAAUGACUCUUCUUCUUCUUCGACUUUGGACAAGAACGAUGAAUCCUCUCGAGUGGUGUUGGAUGUGCCAAAUGGAAAUUCUCAAAAUGAGCCAUCCCCUUCUUCAACUUCGUCUUUGACUCCUGUAACAACAACAUUAACCACUGUUUCACCCUUAUCCAAUGCUUCAAAUUCUCUCAACCUUUCCAAUCUCUCAUGA